CGGGUGUUGUUGUACUUAACGGUGGCCUGUUGAUUUUCUACUUUACAGCGCGUAAUACAUCAUACUAACGGUGUUUGUGCUCAAUGGUUGGUCAUGGGUACUUUUAGAACUGUAUGAUUUGGAUGAUUAUCAAGCAUAUAGUGAAGGAAAAAUAACUGAAUCCAUUCGCCUGUUUUUUGACUAUUUCUUAAAUCAUGUUAUCCACGAAAAAUUUUUUAAGACGCAAAUUGUUUCUCUUGGGAUUAUACUUUCUGUUCGUUGUGGCGAAAACUGGAUCACGUUAUUUCCGCUAUGCUGAUUCUAAUCCUCAAAAUUAUUAUGAACAGUCUCUAUCGACAGCCAUAUCUUUUGAAUCACUAGCCGACCAAAAUGACCAUGGACAUAAUUGGAUGAACAGGAAAUUGAUGGGAAUACAAGUCGUGCGUCCACAUCCAUCUCUAAACUGUACACCUUUAGCAAUCGACAAUUUUCCGCGAGACAUUUUUACACAGUCCCAAAGGCAGUAUGGAGCCGUUAUAAUCCAUCUAGUUGUCUCAAUUUAUAUGUUCAUUGGUCUUGCAUUGCUUUGUGAUGAGUACUUCAUACCGUGUUUAGAGAGGAUUUGUGAAGUUUUGCAUCUUCAGCCUGAUGUUGCUGGUGCAACGUUUAUGGCUGCUGGAAGUUCUGCUCCUGAGCUGGCAACUACCUUGGUUGGAGUGUUUAUUGCAAAAGAUGAUAUCGGUCUUGGAGCUGUUGUUGGCUCUGCUGAUUUCAACAUAAUGUUGGUUGUCAGUGUUAGUGCACUCUUUGCUAAACAGGUGAUUUAUCUUAAUUGGUGGCCAUUAGUGCGUGAUUCCGCUGUUUAUCUAUUAUCUAUCAUAUUGUUGGCAUUGGUUAUUUAUGAUGAAUUAGUCUAUUGGUAUGAAUCAGCAAUAUUUAUUCUUGUCUAUGGAUUAUAUGUUUUAUUAAUGUACUACAAUCCACGUAUUGAUGCAUUUUGGCGUGUUUGGUGUCGUGAACAUCCAACAUUUUGUCCACGUGCAAUACAUGCAGAUGAAGAAGCACAAAUUCAACAACAACAACAACAUACUGGUGUAUUUGGACAUUUUGAUAUUGACAAUAAAUCAUUGCUACCGAAUCCAAUUUGUCAUGAACCAUCAACCACAAUUAAAACAGGUUAUAAACGUUUUGAAGAAGAUGAUGAUCAUUUAUUUACAGAGAAAACAGAGUAUAUGGCAGAGAAAUUUGAAAUUGUUAGCGGCGGUGUAAUUGAUCAACAACCACGUUGUGAUACUAACACCGUUGUCACAUUAGAUGAUGGUGUUGAAACACAAAUUCGUUCAGGUGAUUCUAUUGAAUCAUGGUAUGAUACUUGUUUCGCUCCAUUGAAAUUACCUAGUCGUGAAGGUGUACGCGGUAAAAUUCGUUAUGCAUUCUGUGCAUUUUUAUGGCCAUUACGUGGUGCUUUAUGCUUAACCAUACCGGAUGUACGUAAAACAAGAUGGCGACAAAUUCCGGCUUCUCAUUGGUUAUCUUUCUUUAUGUCCUGUGUUUGGAUUGGUAUAUUUACAGUGGUCAUGAUGUGGAUGAUUACGGUGAUUGGAGUUACUCUACACAUACCAGAUACUAUUAUGGGUUUAACAUUUAUUGCAGCUGGUUCCAGUGUACCUGAUGCGAUUGCUUCAGUGAUUGUUGUUCGUGAAGGUGAAGGUGAUAUGGCUGUGUCAAAUGCAGUAGGAAGUAAUGUAUUCGAUAUAUUAAUCUGUAUGGGUUUACCAUGGUUAAUGAAAUCAAUCAUUUCACAAGCGCCAAUUGUUAUCUUUUCUAGAGGUUUACUUUAUUCCACAUUGACAUUAUUUACAACAGUCAUUUAUCUUCUCAUUGCAACACAUAUCAAUCGUUGGCGUUUAACAAAAAUUUAUGGUUAUGCAUUACUUAUUGGUUAUGUCAUUGUACUUAUAUUCUGUAGUUUAUAUGAAUUAAAUUAUUUCGGCACAGUACAUUUACCAUCAUGUCCAUUGAUAGAAUGAAUAAAUCAAUCGAUAAAUAAAUCACUAUAAACUGUUCUCAUUAUUCACAUUUAUUAUAUUCAUCUAAUUGAAGCCGAAUGUCAUCAUAUGAUAUUAUUAGGGUUAUAUUAUUAUUUCACUCAGAUGAAUUGGUUUUUUUCUACUCAUUCAUGAUUGUUGGGACAUUGUCUACUAUUCCUACUAAUACUACUACUAAUAAUAAUAGUCAGUAGUAUUGGUUUUUAUUUUAAUUCAAUCUCGCAUACAUUUAUUUCCUCAUUGAUUGUCAUUACUUAUAACUUACACUAAUAGUAGUAUAAUCAAGGAUUUUUUUUUGUGUUUUUCUCACUCUCCAAUGCAUUUUAUUUUAAAUGCUAUCUAUCUCAUUUCUUGAAGUGAAGUUGUAUAUCAACCCUUUAAAGAAUAUCUAUCUGUAUUAUUUAUUGUAUAACGCGCAUAAUCAUAAAACACUCUUCUCUCUCUCUGUUUUUUUUCUCAAAUUUUAUUUAUUUAUAAUUGUUUUUUAAAAAAAAAGUAGUCAAAUAUCUCUUUGUGACAAAUAUUUUGUUAUCAUUGUGUUCCCAUUCCUUGCUCCCAUUCACGUUUAUAUAUACAUAUAUAUAUGCAUAUUCUUUCAAUCUCUUGUUGUAUUGAAGUUUAUUAUUAUUGUUAUAAAUUGUCAUCGGACUUGUUUAUCAUUGUUGACUUCUUUUUUUUUUCUUCUGGGUUUUUAAUUCAAUGCAUUUUAUUCAACAACAACAAUAAUAAUAAAACAAAAACUGGGAUUGUGUUUGUCUGUUUUUCUCUGGUCAAAUAUGUUAUGGUCUUAUCUUAAAAGUGGAAAUAAU